AUGGAAACUAAUAGAUUGUGUUACUGCUGCUUGCUGCGGCCGCCGGACAGGGGUAUGACUACGCCAUACAGUCGCCGCGGAGAUACAGAGAUAUACUCGGAUAUGCUCGCGGACUGCUUCAAUUUACAUGUAAUAUUGGGCAACAAUGAGAGAGGCAUCUGCUUGGUGUGUGUAGACCGGCUGAUAGAUGCUAGUGACUUCAAAAAGCAAGUGCAGCGCAGCCAGGCCGAGCUGCAAGAGUGUAUUGAUUCUCUACUGGAGAUUAAAGAUGAAGAACCAGAUAUAAAAUUGGAGUCAAUAGAAGACAAUGACAUCAGUGAUGCUGACGGACUGAUAUUAUAUGAGCCACCCAAGUGGGAGACGCCGGAUAAUAUGAGUGAUUAUAAUUCGCUUUUUUUAAACACAGUCGAAGAUGCCAUGGUUCCCAGUCAGCCCGAGCCGUCUGUGCCAAGCGAAGAAAUGGUGGGGACGACUUAUUCCGCCAGCUUUGAGCAUUUUAGUCAUGACGACGCGAGCCAGGCGUGCCAAGAAACGCAUCUCACGACACUUGCGGGCCAAUCACACUCUAAAUCCAGAAGGAAACCACAUAAAAGGAAAAAAAAGACCUCCGGAGUCCGCAAAGAAAAGGAGACGAGCAACGCACAGCGAUCUGAGAAAGAAAAUGACACGAUCUACCCUCUGCGUAGCAAAGUCAAGUUCGAAAGCAAACCCAAGCUGAAUAAUGAUUAUACAAAUAUUUUUGCAACGGGGCCAUACACCUGCCAGAUCUGUAAGAUGGUGAUAACCACCAGACGUUCUAUGGCCUGCCAUAUGCUAAAUCACACUGAACCUAACUCUGAAAUAUGUGAAGGAAAUACGUGGGACUGCGACGUAUGUGAAAAGAUUUUUCCAUCAAAAUGGAGUAUGACAUCACAUAUGAUAAAAUUACACAGGAAAAAAAUAUUCAAAUGCGAUUCUUGCUCGAAAAUGUUUCCUACUAUUUCGCAUUUGGAAAAACAUAAAGUCAUACAUACUAAACGGGAAAAGAAUUAUUGUUGUGAAGUAUGUGGAAAGCGGUUUGUAUCAAAAUACUCUAUUGCUUCUCACUUACGGUCUCAUACUGGGUACAAGCCAUACACUUGCGAUAUUUGUCAAAAGCAAUUCUUUAGUAAAAAUGAUAUGAGAGAUCACAUUCAUGCACACAUGGGCGUAAAGCCCUAUGCGUGCAAUAAUUGUGGAAAAAAAUUUACUUGUCGGUCGUCUUACAAAAGGCAUGACUUAUUUCAACAUAGUAAACAUAUGAAAGAGAGAGCUUUUUCCUGCGAUAUAUGCAAUAAAUGCUUUAUCCAUAGUCACCAUCUAAAGAAACAUAAGCUAUCACACACGGGUGAGAAGCCAUACGCAUGUAACGUUUGCCGAAAGCGGUUUGCUGAUAAAUUUAAUUUGAGCACUCACUUACUAACCCAUUUCAAAGGAACUUAUUCUUGUGAACUUUGUCCUAAAAGUUAUGGGACUAAGGAGAGCUUGAGGCAGCACAAACGGGUUCACACUAGUAAGAAACAAAUUAAGCGUAAAAAUAAAUAAAAUCUAAACGGUUGAUCAUUUCUACACACUUAA